GUGCAGAAGCCGCAGCAGAGUACUCCAGUGGCUCAGUGGGAAUCGUGACGAAGAACUUGCCUGAAGUAGCUGUUCCGAAGGACCUGGCCGUUCCCAUGCUGCCUUUCCAGAAAGAAGGUCUGGCAUGGAUGUGCCACCAGGAGGACUCCGAUGUGCGUGGCGGCAUUCUGGCAGAUGAAAUGGGCAUGGGCAAGACGAUCCAGGCCAUCAGCUUGUUGCUGGCUCGCCCCUUGAAGGGGCCGUGUCUUGUGGUGUGUCCCAUGGCUGCGGUCCAGCAGUGGGUGAAAGAAAUUGGCAAAUUCACCAAGAAAGGAGCAAUGCGGACCCUUGUCUACCACGGAUCGGAGAAGGGCAAGGUCGCCACGCAGUUCAAAAAGUGUGAUGUUGUAAUCACAACGUAUCAGACUCUCGAGUCGGAUUACCGUCGUGAAGCCCACAAGCAUCGGGUGAAAUGCAAGUAUUGUGGCAAGCUCUUCAUGCCCGAGAAGCUGGCCGUCCAUCAGCGGUACUUCUGCGGGCCCAAUGCGGAGAAGACCAAGAAACAGCAGAAGACCGCAGCCAAGAAAGCUAUGCAAAGCAUGGGCAUUGGGAACUCUUCUUCCUCUUCUUCAAAGGAGGCUCCACCGACGAUCACGAACAUCUAUCGCGACUUCAUGAAGCAGGCUGGGGUAGAUGUCAAAGCCAAAGGCUACUGGAACGUCAUGAAAGAGACUCGAGACAGGUUGCAGGAGAAAUCAUCGUCCUCGUCCAAGGCCAAGACGAGCGAGGACGGCCUCAGCCGUGAACGACUUAACCUCCUUGACAAGAAGGAGUUGACCGACCUCUGCGCGAAGAAAGGCCUGGAUUCCGCGGGCCGCAAGCCCGAGCUCGUGGAUCGUCUCAUGGACUUCGCGGUCACCGGCAUGGCAGAGGCUCCUGCCAAGAAGGCGACGCUGGCCAUGAAGCUCAUGACGUCCGUGUCCCCCAAGGCCAAAGCCCAGGCUGCGAAGCCGGGGAGCGCGCCGGGAAAGAAGCGGCCUCUGCUGCUCCGCACAAGCCCAUCUGGAUCGUCGAAGUACCAGGGAGUCUCGCAUGUGAAGGCCAGUGGCAAGUGGCAGGCCAUGUACAAGGGCCAGCGCCUGGGCAGCUUCGCGUCGGAGCUGAAGGCUGCGCAGGCGGUCCGCGAUGCGGCCGAAGAAACGGAUCGAUCGGAGAGCAAGAAGGGAAAGGCCAAGGCUGCCAAGGGCAGUGCCGAGCCGCCUCAAAGUCGGAAUGGCUUGGCUCGGACUGUGGCGCAAGGUAAGGCAACCGCUACUGGCAGCAAGCGCAAGCAUGACGAGAUGGAAGGGAACAACUAUGAAGGUUAUGAAACCUACGAGGGUGCGCAGCUGGACCUGAGCGAAUCUCCUCUGCACGCGAUUGAGUGGGCUCGAGUCGUGCUGGACGAGGCUCAUCGCAUCAAGGGCCGCACCAACAGCACGGCACUCGCGGCCUAUGCACUGCAAGCGCAGAAGGGCUACAGGCACCUUGCUUCAAGG